UUCGAUCCGCGUACUGCGCCUUCGCUUACCGGAGCGUCGUGGAAGCGCGUGACCAACUGCAACAGCAAAGCCAAGGCGACGAUGAGGCCCCCUAAAACCUGACGAUUGAAGAGUCGCGGCGUCAGUCACGUGAUGGGACGUUUUGAUAAACAAACGAGCCCUGACACCUGUUGACAAGGCCCGAAUCCCGACUGAGGCCCAACAUCAUCAAACUACUUGCUUUGGAGUUAGAUGUUAGUUUGGAGUUCAAAACGUCGUCUGGUGCAGAGUUUUAACUUUAGAAAAAAGGAGUGGCUUUAGAAGCGAAGGUUAGCUUGCUGAAAAGAAAGUGCGUACCUUCAUUUGAUGCCGGAAAAGGAAGAGAGAAAAGAGCGAGUGGGGACUCACCGCAAAGAAAACGUUGGCCACGAAAAAGCUGAUUUUGACGCAGCUGUUGACUCGAGUCAUGUUGGAUUCUGCUUUUCGAUCAACUCAAGACUGGGUGAAAAGAAAAGACGUCAAACUGGAACAGGGCGCUACCUGAAAGACUGCGUAACUAGUCGACUGAUUCGGGAGGAGGAAGAGAGAGGGAGGGGCGCUCAAAUAUUUAUGGAGGCGGACCUUCCAGUAAAUGACUACCUGCCCGACCAAAUUUGGCUAUUUCCGGUCUUUUGGGAAGAGCAGUGGAAAUUUUGGAUUUCUUUUCAUCGCUCGGAACGGAAGCGAUCGACUCCAUUUGAAAAUGGGAUGGCCCGCUCGUCUUUUUUUUUUUUUUUUUUUUUUUUUACUUUAUUUACACAAAAACAACUACGAAUAAUGGGCGAACAAUGUUUCCGCAUUCGUUUCCCACAGCGCGUACGUUUGCCGAUGACGUCGCGCUUCGGAGAGGCGGACAACCGCGCCUGUCUUUCUGCUCUCGUCGGUCGGUGGCCGCCAGACGGCGCCAACGCUCAGCUCGCAGCGAGGCAAGAAGUAGUAUCCCCGAACGAAUCCAACUCGUCCGUUUGGCCACCAGAUGUCACUCAUGUGUCGCUUUUUAUAGCGCGGACUCUUUACGCGUUCAUUACAAUGUCAUCGCUACCAAUUUCAUAAUGCGCACACAUGCACGAGCCUGGCCAGUCGGUCUUCCUUCAUUUCACUUCGCGCCCAUUAAAUCGUGUCGUUGCGGAUUUUGGGACACCGUCCUGGUCGUUGGGCUUCUUUCUCCAUCUCGCCUGUACCUGCCCAGGCUGCCGCCUCUCCUUUCCCGUUUCUUGCAGAGAGGGCGCAAGGGCUCUUGCGUCCUUGUCGCUCGCGGAUGAAGGAUGAGGAGCGCUGCAGGACGCUUGCUGCUGCUGCUGAUGCUCUGCCGACCGACGCGCAGCCAGUCGUCGUCAGGUCAAGCGGAGCCGCGCGCGGCCGACUCCUCGGACUCCGACCCGGGGUGGGAAGACGGCGUGCCGAAUCGCCUUCGUCGUCAACGUUUUGGACACCCUGACGGCGAGGUUCGCGUGGAGCACGCCGCCGUGGCCGCGCGACAUCUGGUCACGGUGCAGUUUCUCACGUUGGACGUUCGGCGCCUGAACACGGCUCUCCUCCGACGGUUUCGCGGCGGCGCGGCGGCGGCGCUGGGGGUUCCCGUCGGCCUGGUCCACAUUAACGCCCUCGAUGAAGAGAAGAACGGCGUGGAGAUUUUCGUGUCUUCGGAGCGGGCGGACGCCUCCGAGCCUUGGCCGGCGCGGGACGUGGUCCGAUCGCUGAACGUCGGGGUGCUCCGCCGUCGCCUGGCGCGCUUCGGGAUUACCGAAGUAUCCGUACAGAAGAACGUUCUGCAGGAGGCGCCACAGCAGCACGCGUGGGGUCAGGAAGCGUGGUACACCACCGUUCUCUUCCUCGCCAUCCUUAUAAUGGCCAUCGUCAGCUUAACGCUUCUAUUCGGGCCGAAGACGACUUCUAGCGGGCGUCUGAAAGCUACGCCCCCUCCCUUCGCCGCCAAGGUCACGUGUGCGCACGUGAGCCGCGACGAGUCGGCGGCGACGUUGACGUCGGUCACGGCCGCCGCCCUCCCGCCGCCGAGGCUCGCCUCUCCCCCCGAAGCGGACCCCGCCUCCUCGGCGGCCGUCGAGCCGGUGACGAGCGAGCCGAGGCCGCGCCCCUCCCCCUUCAGGAUGAAAACGCCGACGGGACUUCAAGAGAGACGCGGUUCCAACGUCUCGCUGGUUUUGGACGUGUCCGGCGCCGUCGCGGUCACGCCCCCAAGAGAGGAGGCGGCCGGCGAGUACCUGACGGCCGCCCGACGCCCACUCGCGCCUCAGCAACUGCGCCGCGCGGUCAGAGACGCGCGCGCGCUGCACGACGAGUUCUCGGAGAUUCCGAUGAACUUCACGGACGCGAAGCACGUGGACGUUCCCGACCACGGGAGCAAAAACCGAUACAAGACCAUCUUGCCCAGUGAGUCAGCGAGUCGCUCUGAGGGAUUGGCGCCCGAUGUCCCGCGCUCUGCUCGUCUCCUCGUAGAUCCUGGUUCCAGAGUGGUGCUGCGGACCGGAAGAAAGGACGACCCGCUGGGCUCCUACAUCAACGCCAACUACAUCCGGGGUUACCGGGGUGACGAGAAGGCCUUCAUCGCCACGCAGGGCCCGAUGGCCAACACGGUGGACGAUUUCUGGCUGAUGGCGUGGCAGGAAGCGGCGCCCGCCAUCGUCAUGAUCACCAAGCUUAAGGAGAAGAGCGAGAAGUGCGUCCUCUACUGGCCCGAGAAGCGCGGCGUUUUCGGCCGGGUGGAGGUGGAGGUCGAAGCCGCGCGGGAGUGUCAGCACUACACCGCCAGAGGCGUCACGCUCAAGCGCGGGGACACGCGCCGCACGCUGCGUCACUUCUGGUUCACGGCGUGGCCCGACCACAAGACGCCCUCGGCCACUGUGCCGCUGCUACGGCUGAUGGAGGACGUGGAGGCGGCGCGGCGGGCGGCGCCGCGGGCCGGGCCCGUCAUCGUACACUGCAGCGCGGGGAUCGGGCGCACGGGCUGCUUCAUCGCCGCCAGCGUGGGCGCCCGGCAGCUGGCGGCCGAAGGCGCCGUGGACGUGCUGGCCAUCACCUGCCAGAUGCGACUGGACAGGGGCGGAAUGAUCCAGACGGCGGAGCAGUACGAGUUCGUCCAUCACGCGCUGAGCGCCUUGGCGGUCGGGAUCUGACGCCGGAAGGUACGCCGGGGCCGGCGAACGUCGACGGACGCUCUCCGUGCCUGCUCUCUAAGCACUAAGAGCCGACGCCUUUCCUGCGUUUUUCCCGAACUGUCGAUGUUUCCCGGACCGUCAGACGCCGACUCGAUUGGAAAGGUGUCCCGAAGGCUUUUAUUCAAACCUGUUUUAGAGCACCCGCUAUUCUAUUUUUAGGGUUAACCAUAUUGGCAAGAAUGAAAAAUACAUUGAAAAGAAAAUCCCCAAACUAUCUCCAUGCAUCCCUGUUUUUGGCCACAAAACAUCUCUGAUUGUAUUUUUGUUGUUUUGGAGCCAAUAAGAACGUCAUUUUAUUCCUCCCUGUGCUUGUGUCUGUGACGGAAGGAAGAAAAUCUGUUCCAAAAAUGUUUGUGUCGUGCAAAAAGAAACAAUGACCGUCGCGUGACCAUGUUUGUUAUGGUGUCCGAUUGACAAUGUUUGGGAUGUGCCAUUAAAGUCAACGGGAGGAAAACGCUCAU